AUGAUGCAUGGCCCGUGCGGAGAGGCUAAGAAAAACUCACCAUGCAUGGUGGACCAUAGAUGCACCAAGCAUUUCCCAAAAAGAUACAAUGUCAGUACUACCAUUGACGAGGAUGGGUUUCCAGUAUAUAAAAGGAGGGAUGACGGAAGGCAGAUCAAAAAGGGAGGAGUGAUGCUCGACAACAGAUUUGUCGUGCCAUACAACCGGAAUCUUCUGGUCAAAUUUCAAGCUCAUAUAAAUGUCGAGUGGUGCAAUAGGUCCAGAUCAAUCAAGUACCUAUUCAAGUAUAUCCAUAAAGACGAUGACCAUGUUACAGCCUUGCUCAAGGAAAGGGGCACGGCAAAUGAAACUGACGAGAUCAAGAAAUACCUAGAGAUGAGAUACAUAUCAACAUCAGAAGCAUGUUGGAGGAUAUUUCAGUUUGAUCUUCAGUAUCGUGAUCCAGCAGUUGAGAGACUACCUUUCCAUCUUGAAAAUGAGCAGCAAGUCGUUUUUCCAGACUCCACUGACCUUGAAAAGAUAGUAACAAGGGAAGGAUCUAAAAUUACCAAGUUCACUCAGUGGAUGGAGGCAAAUAAAAUAUACGAGCUAGGGAAAGAAUUGACUUACGCAGAAUUCCCUACAAAGUUUGUAUGGAAAAGCGAAACAAAAACUUGGCAAAAGCGAAAAAGGGACUACGCAAUUGGAAGAAUCUAUUAUGCACAUCCCGCAAGUGGAGAGCGAUACCAUAUGAGGAUGCUUCUAAACACCAAGAAAGGAUGCACAUCAUUUGAGGACAUUAGGACCGUUGAUGGAGUCACUCACCCAACAUACAAAUCAGCAUGCCAAGACCUCGGAUUUCUUGAUGAUGACACUGAGUGGAUUGACUGUAUCAAUGAAGCAUCAAGUUGGGCAUCCGGAACACAACUGCGUCAGUAAUUCACCACCAUAUUGUCCCAUUGCGAAGUCACAAACCCAAAGGUACUGUGGGAUUCAACAUGGGAGGCGCUGUGUGAAGAUAUGCAAUACAAAAGAAGGACUAUUCUAAACUUUCCGGCACUUCGGCUCACAAACACACAGAAAAAAGCCUAUGGUUUGAUUGAGAUAGAAAAACUGAUGAGGCAAGUAGGAAAGUCACUAAAGGACUAUCCAGACAUAGAACUACCAAAUGCCGCAGAGCUAGACGAACUUGGGAAUAGGCUAAUAAACGAAGAGAUCAACUACGACAUGGACAAACUCAAGGAUGAGCACAAUAUCAUACUAAACAAUCUUAACCAAGACCAGAAAAAAGCCUAUGAUGCAAUUAUGGAAUCAGUUGACAGAGGACAAGGAAAGCAGAUAUUUCUCGAAGGCUACGGUGGCACAGGAAAAACCUAUCUAUGGAAAGCAAUAACGACAAAGCUAAGGUCAGAGGGGAAGAUAGUGCUUGCAGUAGCAUCAUGUGGCAUUGCAGCGUUGCUUCUCCAAGGUGGGAGAACGGCACACUCAAGGUUCCGCAUUCCACUUAAUAUCACUGAAGAAUCAACGUGUGAAAUAAAACAAGGGUCGCAUUUGGCUGAAUUGCUAAAGAAGACAUCACUUAUAUUGUGGGGCGAAGCUCCUAUGGCAAACAAACACUGCUUUGAGGCACUAGACAAAAGCCUUAGAGAUAUUCUCAGGUUCACUAAUGAAAACAGCAAUGAAAAGCCAUUUGGUGGAAUGACAGUUAUACUAGGAGGCGACUUCAGACAAAUCCUGCCAGUUAUAACCAAAGGAAGGAGAGAGCAGAUAGUUAAUGCUUCAAUCAAAAGGUCAUAUCUGUGGAAACACUUUGAAAUAUUUGAGUUAACACAAAACAUGCGGCUGAAGUGUUUGUCGGAUGAUCCAAUACAAAAGCAAAAAGUAGCUGAAUUUGCAGAGUGGAUACUACAGAUUGGCGAUGGGAAAACAACAUCAGAUGAAGGAGAGGAUUGGAUAAAAAUACCAAAGGACCUACUGCUAGAGAAAGGAGAAAAUCGUAAGGAACAAAUCGUCAAAAGCAUAUACCCAAACUUACUGCAAAAAUACUGUGA